CCAGCACAGAGCCCAACACAGGGCUUGAGCCCACAAACCAUGAGAUCAUGACAUGAGCCAAAACCAAGAGCUGGAUACUCAACUGACUGAGCCACCUGGACACCCCCUUUUCUUCACUUUAAAAUGGAGGGAGGCCUUGGACUAGGCAACAUCUAAAGGCUCUGUCACUCUGUAAUUUUGUUUGACCUCUCAUAGCUUAAGUUUUCUCAUAUGAGUAGAGUAAGGAAAAUACCUACCUCACAGGGUUUUCUAACAAAUUUUUAAUUAUUAAAUAAGAUGUUUACAGCAUAUAAUGACCAAUAAUAAUAGCUAACUCUUUCAUAGUGCUUUCCGUGUGCCAGACACUGUUAUAACUGCUUUUAAUCCCCAUAGCAACCUAUUUUAUAAAUGAAUAAAUAGAGGCAAUGAGAGAUUAAGUGGUUUACCCAAGAUCACAUGGCUAAAUAAGUGUCAGAGGUUGUUAGAACCUCGAAAAUUGGCCACAGAAACUGCUUUUAAUUCAUGAAAGUGGGUGAUGGGCAUUGAGGAGGGCACCCGUUGGGAUGAGCACUGGGUGUUGCAUGGAAACCAAUUUGACAAUAAAUUAUAUUUAAUAUAAAAAAUAAAUAAAAGUGAGUUUUAAAAAGCAAAAAAAAUAAUAUUCCAUAUUCUAAAAUAAAUAUUAAUUACUUCCCCCUUGUGCAUAUUUACAGUCUAGCUGAUCAUUCAUAGAUAGUAAUCAUCAUCUUCAUUAUUAAGUUCCUUCCAACAGAAUCUUAAGAGAACCAUAAGAAUAUCUAGAUGUUUUACAAAUAGUUUGUAAACAUCCAACCCCCCCCCACUUUUUAAAAAGAAGUGUUUUUCACAUUCUCUAAUUUUACUUCUUCCAAAGGUAGAAGGUUGAUGAUAGAAGUAAAUCAAUCCAUUCAGCACUUUUUCCUUCUUUCUACACUGUGCAAAAUAUGUCAGUUGUUAGGUCAAAACCAUUUUACAGGAAAUAUUCCCAUCACUGCCCCAGGGAACUCUAGGGCAUAUUGAAGAUCUACUCACAGGGCCAGCUGGUGGCUUAGUUGUAAAGUUGGGCCAUGUCUGUGCCCUCACCUCCUUAAGCCUACAGCUCACCACAGCCAAAGACCCUGGCAGAUAUGGUAGUAGUUUAUUUUUUGGUUCUCUUUCAUUGUUGUUGUCAGAUUUACAUUCAGGGGUUGGUGGGUUUGUGGGUAGUUCUAUCCUACUCCUUGGCUUUAAGCAGUGAGUCUGGCUUUUGUCCUCCAUCUUGCUCAGAGCACUUCUGGACCAGAAUAUAAAGUAUUAGCUUGAUUAGUGGAAUCCAAGCUUCCUUCCUGGAAGGCAUCUUUAACAAUUGUGAAAAUCAUCUUAAGCCAUGUUGGUGGCUUAAGUUAGUGAUCUUUUGCAGACGUGAAAGCCAAUCCUAAAUUUAUAUGGAAAUGCAAGGGACAGAGACAGCCAAAACAAUCUGGAAAGAAGAACAAAGCUGUGCGAUCCACACGUGCCACUUUCAAAACUUACUUCAAAACUACAGCAAUCGUAAACUGUGGUACUGGCACAGGGGUAGACAUGUAGGUCAAUGUUUUUGAAUUUACAGUGAGAAAUAAACCCAUAGAUUUAUGAAUAGUUGAUAUUCAACAAGGGGGCCCAGACCAUUCAAUGGAGGAAUGAGCAAUCUCUUCAACAAACGGUGCUGGGAAAACUGAAUGUUGACAGAAAAAAGAAUGAACGUGGGCUCCAGUUUCACACCACGUAUGAAAAUGAAUUCCAAAACGGAUCACAAACCCAAACGUAAGCGAUGAAACUAUGAAACUCUUGGAAUAAAACAUAGAUAUAAAUCCCCCUGGCUUUAACUACACAACAGUUCCUUACAUAUGGCAGCAAAAGCGCGGCCACAAAAGAAGGGGCGUGGUGGAAAGAGGAUAAGUUGUACACCAUCCAAACCAAAAACUUUUGUGCAUGAAAGGACUCUGUCUAGAAGGUGAAAGGACAAAACGCACAGGAUGGGAGAAGCAUUUGCAAAUCACACAUGGGAUAAGGGUGUAUUUUCCAGAAUGCAUAAAGAACACCUACAAGUCAACAAUGAAAGCACGAACGAACAACCCAGUUAAAAAACGGGAAAGGACUUGAACAGACGUUCCUCCAAAGUGGAUGUGCAAAUGGCCAAGAGGCACAUGAAAAGACGCUCAACAUCAUGCGCCAACAGGGCGAUGAAAAUCACAACCGCCAUGAGGCACCACUUGGCAGCCAGUAGGCUGGCUCUUCUAGGCACAAGAAAGCAAAACAAAGGCAAAAAGACGAGUUGGGGCGAGGGUGCGCAAGGACUGGGACUCACACACUGCUGCUGGGAAUGCAAAGCUGCUGUGGGAAUCCGCUGGGCGGCUCCUCAGUAAGUUACCGGCAGAAUUAGCACCCGAGCCCUCAAUCGCAGUCCCAGUGCAAUUUUCCUACCCUAGGGAAUCAGAAACAGGUGCUCAAACAGAACCCUGUGCAGGAAAUGUUCGGCGCAGCGCUGUUCACAUCUGCCGCAAGGUGGGAAUGGCGGAGCUGCCUGUCAACCCAUGAACUGGGAUAGGCCGCCACACACGGUGUGUCCCUGCGGUGGAAUAUUACUCAGCCGUGAAAAGGCUUGAAGCGCUGGCUCACGCUCCCACACGGACGAACGAACCCUAGUGACAACGCUGCGCUACGGGAAAGCAACCAGGCACAGAAAGCCGCCUAUUCGCCCAGCGAUCCCGCGUGCAGAAAGAAGAUAUAGAGUAGCGGCUUUGGAACCCUGCCGGUCGGAAACUUCGGGCCAACUGGCUUUUUACACCGCUUCCCGCCACAUCGCACCAUAUCCAGCCCUAUCCGACCGCAUCCAGCCACACCCGACCGCAUCCAGCCACAUCCGACCGCAUCCAGCCCUAUCCGACCGCAUCCAGCCGCACCCGACCGCAUCCAGCCGCACCCGACCGCUUCCCGCAGCGCACGCCAGACCGAGGCCCGUCCGAGAAAGCGCAGCCGAGGCCCAGCAUGCCUGUGAGGAGGAGCCGUCGAGGGUCGUCCAGUGGCCAGAGCCGGGUCCGCUCCCGCACUGCCCGAGCCGAGUUGACGUUCUCCGUGAGCCAUGUGGAGCGCCUCCUGCGGGAGGGCCGCUACUCGCAGCGCCUGGGCGCGUCCGCCCCGAUCUUCCUAGCGGCCGUCAUCCAGUCCCUGACGGCCAAGGUCCUGGAGCUGGCCGGCAUCGAGGCCCGGAACAGCGGCAGGAGGCUCAUCACCCCGGAUGUCGUGGACAUGGUGGUCCACAACCACCCGCUGCUCAGCGCCUUCUUCCAGUCCACCAUCAUCUCCCAGGCGGUCCCGGGCUGGAACUAGCUGUCCCACGCGACGUGGGGUCCGGCAGGCGCCAGGCCUACUCCUGGCCGGGGUGGGCCCCGGCCGGCCUGGUGCCUCAGGCAGUCACUGAAAGCCAAUAAAGUGUUUGGAGAAACC